GCACCUACUAAUUACUAUGACAAGCUAACAAAUCUAGAUAUAUCUAGAGAUACUUUAUUAGUACUAUAUCAUUACAAGAAAAUGUAUAAUGUUUUCUCAAAUGAAACAUACUUAUUAAAUUUAUUUAAGUUUUUUUAUGUAGUCGAUGGAUCAAAAUUAUUAAAAAAUUAAGUGCUCAGAUAAAGUAUAUUAUUGUUAAUAACUAAAUAAUGGUAUAGAAUCAUAGAAAACGUUUUAUUAUCAAUUAUUAGUAAACUGCAUUAGCAUCAAUGCGUCUUUGAGUGUUUCUAGUUUAGCGUUUGUGACUGCGUUAGUUUUUUGCAUAGUAAAACGUUAUAUUAUUGCUUCGGUUAAAGUUAUACAUCGUCAAUACAUUGACACGGUUAUUACGCCGGUCAAUAAAAGUAGUCAUUUUUUACUGUUGGAAAAUAACUUGCAACCUACCUCGCCAAACAAUGCAUAAAUAUCUACCAUUAUUGAGUCUUAUUAUUCAUUAUUCCACUUGUAAUGAAUACAAACUCAACUAUGCAGCUGUUAUAUAUCGACAUGGUGAUAGGACACCGGUCGACACAUAUCCAACAGAUCCUUGGGGUGAUGAAUCAUUCUGGCCGGUAAAAUUUGGAGAGCUGACUAACAUUGGCAAAAUGCAACACUACAAAUUGGGACAAUGGCUUAGACAGAGAUAUGUGAAUUUCAUUGCUAAUGAAUUUGAUCCAGAAGCUGUCUAUGUUAGGUCCACUGAUGUUGAUCGUACACUUAUGUCAGCUCAGGCUAACUUAGCUGGUAUGUACCCACCAGAUGAGAAUUCUACUUGGAAUCCCAAAUUAUUCUGGCAACCUAUACCUGUACAUACAGUGCCAGAGGUAAAUGAUGAAAUUUUAGCAAUGAAAAAGGAGUGUAAAGUGUAUGAAAAGUUGAAAAAAGUUUAUUUGGAUUCAGAAGUUUAUAAAAAUCGUUUAAGGCAAUAUGAGGACCUUAUGGACUACCUCACAAAAUAUACUGGUAGAAAAAUCAGAGACUAUGAGGAUAUUGUAUCAAUUUACAGUACCUUAAAAAUUGAAGCUCUUUAUAACUUUACAUUGCCAAAUUGGACACACGCAGUGUUCCCUGAUAAAAUGAAGAGUCCUGCUUGUUACAGCUUCACUACCGCCACAGCAACUCCAGCAAUGACACGCUUUAUGAUUGGGCCAUUGGUGAAACAUAUUUUAAAGCAAGCAUUAAGUGUUAUAUUAGGAAAAAGCAAAUUACGAUUAUCUAUUUAUAGUGGACAUGAUUUCACUGUUGGUAAUGUUUUAAAUGGAUUUGGUGUUUAUGAUGGAAAUUGCCCUGAAUAUACAUCAACAAUACUUUUCGAAUUCAUUGAAACAGAUUCUGGAUAUUAUAUUCAACUUUCAUAUAGAAAUAGUACUGAGAUUGUAGAACCUCAUGUAUUAAACAUUCCUAACUGUGGAGAAUUGUGCCCACUGGAUCACUUUAUAAAAUUAUAUGAAGACAUUAUAACUGUUGACUGGGAAACAGAAUGUGAAGAAGAGUAUGGGUGGUUUAUGUUCUUUUGUGGAAUUAUAAUUUUCUCUUUCCUUUAUGCAAUUGUGAAGGCAGUUUAUAAGAAAAAAGAUCAAUUCUCAGAGGAAUACUUAAAAUCUAAACUUCUCCUUAACCGCUUUUAAAAUGGUGGGAAGUGGAUAACUAUUGGUUAAAGCGCAACUCAAUUGAUCAUCUAUAAUUCAGAAUAACUCAUUUUUGCAUUUAUAUAUAGUGCUAUUUGCGACUAAAUCAUGAUUAUCCAUUAAUAUUUUUGGUAAAUCUGCACAUUGUUAUAUUAUAUCUUGCCAAUUCAAAAUGUUAGAUAAGAUUAAUAUGUGUGUGUUAUACAUAGUUGGAAAGUUCAUACAAGUUUUUCUUAAGAAAUUAUUUUUAUACUGAAUAAUAAGACAGGUUAAUAUAU